UUACACGAUGUUAAGGUCGUGUUCACUAAUCAAAUGCGCAUUACAAUAGUCUGCAAAGGUUAUAUUUUAUUGUUGCAGCGAGCAGUUCGUUUGCAUUGAUUAACAAUCGAUGCUUUAAAUAUCUGAUGAAAUCGGUAAAUUCUUGCACGUAUCGAUUCCAGUCUCGGCAUGAAGGUUGUUGUGUCCUUUUACUGACCUUGAUGCAUGUUUCCGAUCAACGUUUUCGUUAAGAUGAAUUUAAUCGAUUAUAAAUAAUCGCAUUUUAUGUCAUUUAACAAAUAAUGAUUGUUAAUGGUAAAUGUCCUGAAAGUGUUUUUUAAUGAAACCAAUAGAUAGACAUAGGAAUACAUAUGUUCGAAUACAUUUAUAGUUGUUGUUAUUGAUUAUUGUUGGGAUUGACUUAAAAGUGCUGACGACAUGAUCUAACGAUAUUUCUGAAGAAAGUAUUACAUAUUGUAUAAGCGUUAUUUCAAUUCAGUUUAUUUGGAGAACAAACAGAAUGUCUGAAAAAUCAACAAAAUCACCAGAACGAGAUAUUAGAGACGUUGGGUCUCCCAAAGCAAGAUUACUCAAAAACCAACGAAGUCGUCAUGAUUCUGUUGCCAGUAGAACUCGUCAUGAUUCUGUUCUCAGCGGUCGGAGUGUCGGAAGCGGGAGUCUUCAUCGUCGUUUGUCAUACAGAAGACAGUCGAGUCUUGGUCUACCUCACUGUGAUUCUUUUAAGUCCAUGAUACUUGAAGAAAAGAAAGAAAUAGAGAUAGCAAAAGAAGGAGUUCCAUGGUGGACAUCUAAACGUUUAUGUUUAUCUGUAGUAUGCUUUUGUGGAUUUUUCUGUCUUUAUGCUCAACGGGUAAAUCUCAGUAUAGCAAUUGUUUGUAUGGUAAAACAUGGACAUUCUACGAACAAGGGCCAAACACUCGACAAUAGUUCAUUUAUAUACAAUAUAAGUUCUAACUUUACUUCUAAUGGAACUUUAUAUACACAUUCCGAGGACGAAACAAGUACAGUGAUCAUGAGAAGUACAACCAAACAGUGCCCAGUGGCACUGUCAACAUCAACUCUGAAGGGAGAAUUUUUCUGGGACAAACAACUGCAAGGUGUGAUACUUGGUGCAUUUUUCUGGGGUUACACCUUUCUACAGAUUCCUGGAGGAUGGUUGGCAGAAAGAUUUGGACCUCGGCUUAUUAUUUCAAUAGGAAUGAUACUAGUAUCAACACUAACACUACUUACACCUAUAUGUGCCAGAAUAAGUCCAUAUCUUCUAACUGUUUGUAGAGUAUUUAUUGGUGUGGGCGAAGCAACUAUGUAUCCCGGGGCACAGGUUUUGUGGGCAAAAUGGUCUCCUCCGGAAGAAAGAAGUAGAUUAGUGGGAUUUUCAUUUGGAGGAUGCCAGCUUGGAAAUGCCCUAGCUUUCCCCAUUGGUAGUUUAUUGUGUGCCUACGGCUUUGAUGGUGGAUGGCCUUCGAUAUAUUAUGUUUUAGGUGCUGUAUCAUUUGUAUGGUGUAUUGUAUGGAUAGUUUUUGUUCGAGAUUCUCCCGAGGAAAUGCCAGGUAUAACAGAUAUAGAAAAGAAAUAUAUAUUGCAUUCCCUUGGCGACGACGAAGAUCCAGAUGAUCAGCAUCUUCAUACGCAUACAGCGAAACCUUGGAAAAGUAUUUUGACGUCUGGUGCUAUGUGGGCAAUACUUAUAGCUAAUGCGUGUGGUAACUAUGGUGCUUAUAUGUUGUUGACGCAAAUGCCUACAUAUAUGAAAGAAGUUUUAAAGUUUGAUAUUAAGUCGAACGGAGUGUUUUCUAUGAUACCCUACUUGUUAUUUUGGGUUUUUAUAAUAAUUGCUGGAAUUUUCGCCGAUUUCUUCAUAGCUAGAGAGAUACUUUCCAUUGGUGCUACACGUAAACUAUGUUGUUCGAUAGGUAUGUUUGUUCCCGCCAUUUUUCUUGUAAUACUAGGAUAUAUGGACUGUUUUAAACAAACAGAAGCGGUCGUGCUACUCACAUUGUCUAUGGCGUUUUGUGGUUUUCAAUUUAGUUCCUUUUUCAUUAAUCACGGUGAUAUUGCACCAAAGUUUGCAGGAACGUUAUUUGGAAUCACCAAUAUGGGAGCUAGUGUACCAGGGAUUAUUGCUCCUUAUGUUGUUGGGGCAAUUACUCAAAAUAAAAAACCAGAGGAAUGGCGGAUAGCAUUUUACAUAGCCGCUGCUGUGUAUUGUGUGGGUGCUGUUGCUUACAUUAUUUUGGCUAAAGGUGAGGUACAAGAAUGGGCGGAUAUUAAUCACAAACAAGGACAAAAAACAGAACUUCACGAAAUACAAGAAGAGGAUCAAGAGCAUGAUGAAAAAUCAAAUAAUAAGGUGUAGUCUAUUCCUAAAAACUGUGCACAUGAUAAACAGGUUAAGCGAGGCAUCUCAUAUUUCGCAGAGAAAGAUAAUAUAUGAAAUGCCAUAUUUGGUUUGUUUAAAGUAAAAGUUUAAU